AUUUAAACACCUGCAGUGUUGCUUUCUUCAAAACAUUUGAAAACUUCAAGAACGCAUGCUUAAAGAAGGAAUUAUUAUGCACUUCGUGAAAGUCUUUUGUAGAGCUUAACUCUUUAGCAUCAAAAUACAUACGUGUAUUGUUAGUGUUUUGGUGUUUAUGUCAAACUUGAAUAAUCAGUGGUUUUAAAAAUCUUUUGUUCCGUUUUACUGGACAUGUUUCUAAGAAUUCUGAGAAGUUAAUCCGAUCAUUUCAUAGAGUUACUACUAAAAGUAUGCAAAUAUUAGCAAUGCUCUUAUUAAUUAUUCUUUAAUUUUGUUUUAUUUUGUUAAAACAUUAUGAGGAGUUUAGCAAGAAUCGCAACCAGAAAGCAGUUUAGUAAAUGACAACUUCAGUAUACUCAUAAACAUUUUUAAGAGUUUCAGAAAGUCAGCGUGCGAAAGAAUAUCAUAGCUUGCAGUUCUAUCUUAACAGAACUUAAAAUUACAUUUUACUUUUAAACAUAUCACAUUAUUUUGCUGACACUGUAGUCGUGUUGCUUAUAUUCAGAAAAAAAAAAUCGUAAAGCAAGUUUUUCGUAAUGAAUUUUCAAGAGACUGAUGUUAAAGAAUUGACCAAUCACGACCAUGAAGGUACGAUUCUGGGUGCCGAUUUCUGUUCUGGUUAUACAGAUAUAUUUGGAAAAUGGAAUACCGGUUUCGACUGUCCCAGAAUGGGCAACGGAGAGACCGUUUACUGCUGUGGAACCGUCACAUACAAGUACUGUUGCACCCGCCGUGACCAACAUACUGGCUCAGGAAUCAGCCAGUCUGUUCUCCUCGGAUCCGCGUUAGGAUCAGUACUGAUGGUCAUUCUUGUCACUUUAGUUUCCUGUUUAAUAUGCCGAAGAUGCGUCCCUUACAGAAGAGCUCAUCCCUCUCUUAAUGGAGGUCCUUUAUAUACUAUGCAUUGCAGCAGCACAACGAGUGGUAUGGCGAACAUGUACUCCUUCUCCGGUCAAACCACGGCAGUUACAACUCCUUUGGAUGGUCCACACGUUUUAGUAGACUUAGAUAAUCCCGAACAUGCAUAUACCGUACCUAUGAACAACCAGAGAGGUAUAAGCAGGCAUAUGGCAGCUGGCAGUGUUGCAGUGGGUUGCGAGACUCCUUCAGAUCCUCCGCCUCCUUACAACGAGGCAAAUCCUGCGAACGCUGGAGGGGAAAUGAUACAUGGAAGUUCACCUACACCAACCAGCUUUGACUUGAGAGCUUCAAGCGGAGGAACUGUCCGUCAUUCAACCAAUCAUCAACAGAGAAGACAAGUGAAUAACACGAGCUCCGCGCAAAACAAUCUAUAUUGGUCUACCAAAUUCUGAUAGAAUUUUAAAGAAGCGGCAGAAAAUAUAGCAAUUUCAGAUUUGUGUGAAUUAUAUGGAUAUUUUUCUAUGAGAGAUGUAUGGUUGGGUAUCAGUGAAAUGUUUUCAUUGUGCGGUGCUACAAAGAUCACUGAAUUUUCGAAAUUGACCUUAAAACUCAAUAAUGAGUGAAGCUGCUGCCAGUCUGAAAUCGAGAUGUAAUUAAAAAAAGAUGCAAUUUUUAUCCUAUUCACAAGUGACUUGUAAAGAUAUUCACUGGAAAAUGUUAUAAUGAAAACAAAUGCGUUUUAAUGAGAUGUUUCCGAUUUUUGUUUAGUUAUAUGUGAAAGAAAAUGUCUUAGAUAUAUGUAUCUUGUUUUUGGUAAUUCAUUGUCGUUCAAAUGUAUAGACUGAAUUCAUUGUCCAUUUCGUUGCUUAAAUUAUUGUUCAUACUUAUUCUGAUUAUGAAUUUUAUUUUCAUCACAGAGUGCUAUUGAUCCAGAGCGUUAGUAAGUGAGUGUGAAAUUCAUUUUUUGAGAUCGUUCAUAAAUUCCAGAACGUUAGUAUAAUUAAUGAACGGUCUAGAGUAAUCGUAAGUUAUUUACUUCAUUUGAAAAAUUAGAAUUUAUUUCACAUUUUACUAAGGUUUUUUUUUUUUUUGCAGAUGACCUAUUAGUUUGUGUACAACUUCUAAAUUUUCAGAAAAUAUGAACUAAAAUUAAAUAACUCGGUCAGUUCCGUCUUAUGGACGUCAAUCUUUUUGCGUUUUAUCCUUUAGAAAUAUUUUAGUAAAUAUAACUAUACGGACCAGACAAAAAUAAAUAUCAUAUUUUGUACAAAACUGAUUUUUCGGUACUUACGUAUUAUCGCAACCACCUUAGUAGAAAUCGUCAGAGUUUCAGCUUGCGCCAAAUUCUGUCAACCAUGAACGUGACAAAUCUUCAGUUUUAAUAUCCACCAUCGCCAUUUUUUCCCCGUUCUUUUAGCUGUAUUUCAAUUUCAAAACGUUUUUAUGUGAUUCUUUCUUGUCUAAAACUCGAUUUAAAAAUAUGUACUUAUGGGAUUUGCUUACAGUAGAAGAAGUUGCGGGAAAUGUUUUGCAUGAAUACAGUAUUUUGUAAUAAAAUCCCUAAUUCGAAUUUCCUCUCAAACUAAUGACCGUGGAAUUUCUACUAGAGCAAACGAAACAAAAUAUAAAUAAAUAUACGCUUAUAAAUAGUUUAUUGAUUGUUUUUUGGAAUAGUUGAAACGUAAAAUAUGCAUGUAAUAAAUAAGCUUAUAACAAAAAGUCAUUAUUCUUUUUCUGCCGUAAAAUUCACCUAACUACCCUAAAGUGGUCGCGUUACUACGAAAGUACCCAUUCUUUUAAUUUAAAAAUGCAAAACAUUAACAUUUACCUUAUUAAAACAUUUUGUGAUUAGAACUAUAUGUCUUUAACAAACGGUUAUGAAAAUAAGAAACAACUAAUCAAGACAUUCAUAGAUGUUUUCUAUAAAAAUUUUGACUAAAGGCAAAAAACAAACAACAAAAUUUCCAGGCUUUAGAAUUUAUUAUAAAGAAAUAAGUGAGAUUUUCAGUGACGACUUCGGAAAAGAUUAAAAUUGCAUAAGAUUAAGUUUUUAUAUGUCACAGUGUGCUGAAAUUAUAUGUUAAUGAUUCCCCGUUUUCGUAUUGAUCCCAUUCUGUUGGAGUCAAUCAUCCGUAUUGAUCCCAUUCUGCUUCGUACUGCUGUUUUGAUAUUAAAUUUUAUGUAAUUUAUUAAUUUUAUGUAAUUAUAAUAAUAUAUUUUACAACAUUAGUUCAAAUACUGAAAUCGACGAUGACAUUUUGAGUUGUUCAAGAUAGUUUGAUAUUUAUACUUCAAAAUUAAAUAAUAAUAAUAAUAAAAUCUUUUUAUAAUUUGUUUUUUUACUACUGCCAUAGAACUCUAACUUACUCUGUAUUUAUUGUCCAUGUUUCGUGCAACAUUUCAUCUUGCUAAAUGGCAACAAAUCAAGUGUCAAUCAUCCUUCUAAUACUUGUAUCUGAUUGCGAGUGAAUAUAUAAUAUAUGUAUGUUUUCGUAUGUAAAAUUGGAAAAUUAAAUUUAUAUUAUAUCAA